AUGAAGCGAGAAAAUAAAAACUCUUCAAACACAUCAAUGAGCAUUUUGAAAAAAAGCAGCACAAGUAAGGCGGGGGGGUUAAAGGCCAAUGCGAAAUUUAGGGACACCUAUAAAGAGAAAUGGAGUGCAAAGAGCGCAAAGGACAAUGGCAUCACCUCCAGAAAGAGCAGCGUCAAUCUUAUGAAGGUUGGAGCAAGUGGGAAAGUUAAUGAAGAAGAAAAUGGAGUGGGAUUAAAAAAGAAAAUCGACGAUGACAAGAAAAAAAUGGAAAAAAAUGGUGACAAUGGGAAGUAUAACCCGGGGAAGGAAAAAAGCUACAACAAGGUAUAUGAUGAAAAAAAAAAUGUUGAGGAUGAGAAAGGGGAGGGCAGUGCUGAACUUAGUGGAGAGGAGGAAAAGGGUAAAGAGAUACUUAACGACGGAGAACAAAAGGACAGUAGGGAAAUUAGCUUAACAAGGCGCUUAUCGAAAUUUAGCCAAGCAGCGGCGAAUGAGGGAGUAUCCCCAGAAAUUGGCAACGUGGCGGUUGGAAAUGGACAAGCUGGGAAGGAAGCGGUCGAAGGAGAGGAUGAAGCUGCAGCGGAAAAUGAAGACGCAGAAGAAGGUGAGUAUCCGUUGAGCCAUAACUUUGGGGACGAACUGAUGGAGCGAUACCAACAGAAUGGCAGCAGGGGGGAAGAGGAGGAUGCACUUAAAAACGGGGAAAGACACGAAAGUGGCAGCGACGACACGAAUUGGGAAAUCUCAUACGAUGCCGAUGCGGCUUCUUCCGUUUCUGCGGUUGCUUCCGUAGCUUCGGUUGCUUCGGUUGCUUCCGUAGCUGCUCUAGAGGAGGGCCAACCGGACAAAGGGAAGCACAAAGACGAGGAUGUGGCGCACGAGAGAAAAAGCAUAUACAAAAACAUCCUAAAAAAAUUAAACAUGGAGAAAAACGAAGAGCUAGAGAGUAGCCAUAUCAUAAUCCUCGGCAAUAAGGACGUGGGGAAAUCCUCCUUAGUGAAAUCGCUACAAGAAAUUUCACUGCAAGGAGAUAAAAACGAUGAAGAAGUGCUAUACCAAAAUGGGGGUGGAGUUCUUCCACUAGAUUACGCAUGUUUAAGUGUAAAAAAUUUAGAAGAAAAUAAAAAAGCAAAUGAAGUGAAAGGGAGUAGCCACGUGUGGAUCCUGCAGCACUCCUCAUAUGUGAGCUCGUUAAUUAAAAAUUUAAAAAAAUUUAAGGACAUCAAAAAGGUAGUCAUUUUGAUAUGCACAGAUUUGUACAAGCCUUACGACAUCAUGUCUGACAUAAAUCAAUGGAUCGAUGUGUUGUAUGUGAUAUUUGAGCAUCUGCAUUCUGACUACAAUAUAGAGGUGCUCCGUGAGCUGAAGGAGAACUUGCAGAGUUAUGUGUACAACUAUAAAAGAGACGCAUUGGAGAGGAAAAACCAGGAGAGAAAAUGCCAAUUUGGAGUGAACCCACGAAAUGGCACCAUUGUGGGGGACUCACAACCCCUUAUGGAAGACUUAACCGGUGAGGGCCAAGUCAAACUACACACAAGCAGCGCCAACAGUGAGGGAAACACAUUCAACAUAGAACGAGACGGACUCAUCAAAAUUAAUAUGUCAUUCCCAAUACUCUUUGUCAUCUGCAAAUCGGACGGGUACGAAAUUUUAAACAAUCGAACAUACCAAGGAUAUAUCGAUGUCAUUAUUGCCUACCUGAGAAACCUAGCGGUGAAUUACCAGGCAGCUAUUAUUUUCUGCAACACAGCCAAUAAGAAGGAAGUGAAAAAUGUGAAGCUCCUGUACAGGUACAUAAUGCAUCGUAUUUACAACUUCCCCUUUAGUGAUAACGCCAUUUUGGAUGACUACGAAAGGGUGUUUGUGCCAUCAGGCUAUGAUGACGAGGGCUUAAUAAACCAGUCCAUACAGAAUACCUUCGUGCAAAAUUUUAAUAAGCCCUAUGACUCCAUUAUUGUGAAGCCCAUAACAAAUAAAAGCAUAGUGGAGCAUAGCCAUAAUAUUGUGGCUGAUAUUUAUUUCAACGAUUUUUUGGCGAACUUAGCCCCACAGGUGGAGUCGAACGGGGCGAGCGGGGCCGAUGAGGAUGGCGAUGAUAAUAAUGGCGACGGUGCCGAGAACACUUGUGAUGGCACUCGUGAUGGAACUCGCCACGGCACUCGCCAGGACGCUCGAGAUAACAAUGUUAAUUGCACUGACGCCGGGGGGGGCAAAAUAAAAAUCGAUGUUACCCUGAACGGAGGGACCGCCGCUAUAAACAACGGAAGCAACAACCAGAAUGGAGCAACGAAGGGUAGGUCCAAGUCGCCCAGCGCGCCCAGCAUAACGCCGCAGACGCUAGACAAGAAGAAAAACGUGAACCUACAGUGA